AUGAAGUCAGAUACGAGCACCCGGAGAUCAAAUGUUCUAUGUGAAUUCCAUCAGGAAAGAGGACAUAAGACCGAAGACUCCAUCGGUCUACGACAGGAAGUGGUAAGAAUGCUAAACCAGGGACACCUAAAAGAACUGCUGAGAGAUCGAGGAAGGGUUAACUUUGCUCGUGGACACGAUCAACCUCAAGGACCCCCAAAACCGCCUUCACCAGCUCACAACAUACCAAUGAUCAUUGGAGGUGGCGAUGAUGCGGUAAUCAACCAAGUGAAAUUCACUACCACACACAAACUCAAGCCGACAGUCGCUCACGACCGGUACGAUGACCUCAAAGAUAGUAUCAUCUUCGAUAAGUCAGAUACCAACGGUUUGUCUUUUCCUCACAAUGAUGCUUUGGUUAUAACAUUACGUAUCGCGAAUACCGAUGUAAAAAGAAUAAUGGUAGAUGACGGAAGCGGUGCGUGUAUUAUUCACCCACGAGUCCUCAUACAGAUGAGACUCGAGGAUAAGAUAGUAUCGCAUUACAUAACACUGACGGGUUUUAAUAAUGUAGUGGAACGAACCUCUGAAGAGAUAGUGCUGCCAGUUCUGGCAGGAGGAGUCACUCUGGAAAUGACGUUUCAUGUCAUGAACCAGGAUAUAGCCUACAACGCUAUCAUAGGGCAUCCAUGA